GGACGCGUGCGUUUAGCGUGCGAGGCCGACGACGCGUCAUGCUGCGCGCGGGGUGCUGUCCUGCGAGAUCCGUGUCGCACUUCCGUGUACGCGAGUCAUGGCGCUGCUGCGCUCCUGUUGCUGCUGGCUGUCGGUGCGCAAAGGAAGCUUCGCCUGCGGCAUCUACACUUUCAUAUUCUACACCAUGCUGGUCGCUACAGGAGGAUCCCACGUCAGUUCCAUGUUCCACUCGCCUGUGGGCUUCUCACUGAUCCUUGUGCUCCUGAGUUUUUCCGGGCUCUGCAUUGUUGUUUCAGUGGUGCUUCUCCUGGCCUUGGGAAACCGGCUUCUGCUAAUUCCUUGGUUAACAAUUGUGCCCAUCACAACCAUGUUGGACGUCGCACUGUCGCUGUAUUUCAUCAGAGACCUCAAAGUCAACGCUUUUGUGAUCGUCAUGUACAUUGCGGACUACACAUUAUGUUCCAUCAACGUCUACUGCAUAUUGUGCGUUCUCUCCCAGUACCAAACAUACGCGAUUGAAAGGAGAACCUCAGGCCAGGGAAGCCGGCUGUCGGCUGAGUUGUCGGGAUCAAUAAAGUGA